AUGGUGGAAUCAUCUGCAUCAAUUAGGAAAUCACAGGAUUCAGCUAAUGAUAAUAAUUCAGAAAUUGAUCAGACUGAAUUACGGUACUUUACUGAAGUUGAUAUCGAUGAACAACCAAGUAGCAACACUUUUGAUGAAGAAGAAGACGACGAAGAAGAUAUUUCUUCUUCUGCAAACUCAGCCAUUGAAGAAGAAAAAGGUGUUUCCAACAAACAAUCAUGGAGGAAAGUUUUAAUGCUUUGUUUUCUGUCAUUGGGGUCAAUUUAUGGUGAUCUUGGUACUUCCCCAUUAUAUGUUCUCAAUUCAAUCAAAUAUUCUUCUUACCCACCCAAUAAAGAAGACAUUUAUGGUGCUGUCUCUAUCAUUUUCUACAUUUUUACCAUUAUUGUUAUAUUCAAAUAUGUGCUAAUUGUUUUGUUUAUCGGAGUUAAUUGUAAUCAUGGUGGACAAGUUGCCAUAUUUGCCAAGAUUGCUCGACACUUGGGUAUUGGUCCUAGAGGGGUUAGCUUGCCAGGGGCACCUGAAGCUUCUGACAUGCAAUUAUUAACCAGACAAGACACCACUACAUCUUCAAUCAAAUCUACUCAAACACGAGUUGAAAAAAUAAAAGAAAACCCCAUAUUGCUUUCUUUUCUUCAGUAUUUUAUAUUAGGGGCUUGUUUCCUUGGUAGUGCCUUGGUCAUGUCAGAUGGAUUAUUGACUCCAACCACUUCUGUAUUAAGUGCAAUCGGUGGGAUUCAAGUUGCUGUUCCCUCUUUUUCUAAUGUUUUGGCAGUUUCAGAAGUUAUCCUUAUUGUUUUGUUUGUUGCCCAACAGUUUGGUGCCAGUAAACUUUCAUUUACAUUUGCCCCAAUUAUAUUUAUUUGGAUGAUUGGUUUGAUUCUUUGUGGGACUUAUAAUAUUGCCAAAUACAAUCCUGGUAUUUUUGCAGCAUUGUCACCUUAUUAUGCUAUCAAGCUUUUGAAAUCUGGUUCAAUUGAUGUUUUCUCGGGGGCAAUGUUGUCCAUCACGGGUACUGAGGCCCUCUUCAGCGAUGUUUCGGUAGUUGGUAGACUCCCCAUACAAUUGACUAUGGGAUUUUUUGUUUAUCCAGCAUUAAUGUUAUGUUAUCUUGGACAAGGUGCAUACUUACUGAGUCACCCAGAAGCAUAUUCAAAUCCAUUUUUCCUUUCAAUACCUGGUGGUCAAGGUAUAUAUUGGACCAUGUUUGUUUUGGCUACUCUUGCCACAAUUAUUGCUUCACAAGCAUUGAUAUUGCUGGUUUUUUCUAUUUCUUCACAAUUGAUAAACUUGGAUUGUUUCCCUAAAUUGAAAAUUGUGCAUCUUUCUUCUCAUCAAAGUGGCGAGGUUUACAUUCCAGUAAUGAAUUGGUUGUUAAUGAUUGGGGUGAUUUGCACUACGGCUGGGUUCAAAAACAGUAAUAAUGUCACAGCAGCUUAUGGGUUAGGAAUUUCAAUGGAUUUUCUUGUUACUUCACUGUUGAUAAUAAUUUGCUUAUUUUAUGUCUACAACGCAAACAUUAUUUGGCCAUUAUUAUUCCUAUUGAUUUUCGUUCCCUUGGAAGUUUGUAUGGUGGUUGCUAACUUGAGAAAAGUACCACAUGGUGCUUGGUUCCCACUUUUGAUGGCAGGUAUAUUCUUCUCAUUCUUGUGUCUUUGGCGUUGGGCCAGAUCCAAAAAAGUCGAUCAAGAAUACGAACAAAGAAUCAAAAUUGGUGAUUUGUUCCCAUUCUUUGCCGCAAAGUCCAUAACUGUUGAUCUUAAUCAUAAUGAGGUUUCGCCAAAUUAUUCAUUGCAAGAACAACAACAACAACAAGUCCUGCCAUAUUCUAAAGAAGAUGUUGUCACCAAAUUUGGUACCGUUCCAUUAUCUAGACAUCCCGGACUAGGAUUCAUGUAUGUCGAUUCCAUAAUGACCAAUUCGCCCAACACUUUGCCUCAACUAUAUGGAAAGUUGAUUACUUCAUUUGCAUCUAUACCUUCUGAAUUUGUGUUUGUGGGGAUUCGAGUAUUAUCUAUUCCAUAUGUGAAUUCUGAUGAAAGAAUAUUAUUGGCACCAAUGAAAAUUCCUGGUCAUUAUAAAUGUAUAUUAAGAUUUGGAUUUAUGGAAAAUGUUCAAAUUGAUAAAGAAUUAAGUUCUAAAAUAAUGGCAAGAAUUCCUGGAUUAAGUGUUUUAACUCCUGAACAAUUACAUAAUCAUCCAAUUAUUCAUUUUUUCGAAAAUGAUUUAAUUAGAUGUCAUCAAUAUCAUUCUGGUAAAAGAAAUUAUUUCAAAAAAUUUGGUCAUUUGAUAAGAAAAACUAUUAUUAAUCAUAUAUAUAGUCCCUUAUAUUCUUUGACUCAAGAUAAAGGAGGGUUUCUUUGGUAUGAUAAUGAAAAAGAGGAAAGUGAAAAGAAAUUAUUUAUUGGUGGUAUUUCUAGAAUAUAA